AUGUGCGCCAACAGCCAGCACAAGAAUUCAAAGAUGAGCAUGCCAUCAGCGGAGGCGAAUUCCAUUUGCUGCCGUCAAUCCUUGUUGAUCUCUUUGGUUGCGUUAACUUUCAUUUGUGUGCAGCAGUUUGACCUCAUUUGCGCUGCAUUCGAAGAUGGCAACAAUAAUAAUGUCAAAAUCACCCAACAUGGUCUUGAACUAACACAAACGAUAAAUAUACAGCGACAGGAAUAUAUGCAGAAACAAUGUGAAACAUUGGGUUACCAUACACGUACGUUAGACGAUCUAACGGAAGAGCAAAUGGAUCAUAUGAUUGUGGAUAAGGAACACAAAUUCCUCUACUGUUAUGUGCCGAAGGUGGCUUGCACAAAUUGGAAACGCGUACUAAUGAUCCUCACUGGAAAGUGGCAGAACGGCACCGAUCCAUUACAAAUACCUGCCGCUUUGGCACAUUCGUGGGGCAUGUUCCAAAAGCUCCAUACGCUCAGCGAUGAGGAACGCGCUCAGGUGCUCUCCGAGUAUACACGCUUCAUAUUGGUGCGCCAUCCAUUGGAACGUUUACUCUCCGCAUAUCGCAAUAAGCUGGAGAGCGAUUCGACGAGUGCACGCUACUUUCAGACGCGUUUUGGCCGGCAGAUAGUGAAGGCAUUCCGUGCUGGCGCCGAUAAUCAUUCGCUUGUGCGCGGCGAUGAUGUGAGUUUUUCGGAAUUCGUGCAAUAUUUGCUAACACCGGAGGUGAGCCGCACCAAUCAGUCAUAUAAUGAGCAUUGGGAACCAAUCUCGAAUCUCUGCAAUCCCUGUGUGAUGAAGUACAAUGUUAUAGGAAAAUAUGGCACCCUACUUGAUGACUCGUCACUGGCAUUACAUUUAGCUGGCGCAGACAAUCUUACAUUCCCCACUGGUCACAAGCCAUCCAACACGCGUGCACAUUUGCGUUUAUACUUUGAUCCGUUGCCGAUUAGUGCGAUAAGACGACUGUAUGAAAUUUAUAUGGAUGAUUUUCGUCUAUUCGAGUACGGAUUGGAAGAUGUGCUAGGCUUCGAGUUUGGCUGACACAAUAUACAGGCUCUACGUACAUGUCAUAGAUAAAUUUUAGAACAUAUCAAGUUACUGUAAUGGAUUUUUGCACCAUAUCAAGUAACGAUUUCUUCAACAAGACGCUUUAUUUUUAAUUUAAUGAUAUUUGUGAUGUAUGCAUAUUUUAAUAAUUGUUAUUUUUUAAGAUGUUUUUUGUGGCUUUGAAUUAGAAUUUAGACAAUGCGAAUUUUUUUUAUAUAAACACAUACCGCGCGUUUGCUGGAAGAGUGUUGUAAGUGCGCUAAUUAUGCAGAAAAGGCCGUCAGUUCUUCUGGUAUGCUGUGUAAUAAAUUCAUAGCGGCAUCUAAUAGCAGUACAUACAUAUCUCAUUUGAGGAAAGUAUGUGCCGUAGGUGUCUUUAUUUUUUACUUAAUGAUUAAUAGCAAAUUAGAAAUUACCAUUUGGUUUUCUCGGUAUUUUAGUUUUUGGAAUCUAGCAAACGCGCGGUUUGCAGCCAGGUGCUGUUUAGUUGCAUUUAGUCAUAAGUAUAAAUUAGAUGUACAUAUGUCAAAUAAAACUAAGAUUAAAAUAAGCUUUACAAUUUAGUAAUAAGCAUAAUGAAUGUACACAUUUUUUGCUACAUUCAUA